AUGACUGACAGCUCCGCCUCUUCCCACAUGCGUCUUCCACUGCCCGGGAGUCCCUCGUCUUCCUGGGGCGCCUACACCGCGCGUCUCAACGCCCUCCGCCAUCAUCCCAACAUGAAGGUCGUCGUCGCCUUCUGGCUAUUCGGUAACGUCCCCCUCUCGCACGCGCAUCGUCGUCCCAGCCGUAUAACUGCUAACCUUGUGCGCGCCGCCCCCCGUCUAGGCCUCAUCAACAAUGUCCUCUACGUCAUCAUCCUCUCGGCCGCGCAGGACCUCGUGGGCACGGUGCCCAAGGGCGUCGUGCUCCUCGCCGAUGUCGUCCCGUCCUUCUUCGCCAAGCUCAUCGCGCCGUACUUUAUCCACCACGUGCCGUACCGCACCCGAGUCCUCACAUUCUGCGCCCUCUCCGUCGCCGGCAUGACGCUCGUGGCGCUGACGCCGCCCUCGGCCCCCGUCGCCGCCAAAAUGGUCGGCGUCGUGCUCGCCAGCCUCAGCAGCGGCGGCGGCGAGCUGAGCUUCCUCGGGCUCACGCACUUUUACGGCCCCGCGAGCCUCGCCGGCUGGGGCUCCGGUACCGGCGCCGCGGGGCUCGUCGGCGCCGGCCUGUACGUGGCGCUCACCGACUGGUGGCGCGUCAGCGUCCGUGGCAGCCUGCUCGUGGCGGCCACGCUGCCCGCCGUCAUGCUCAUCAGCUUCUUUGCCGUGCUGCCGCAGGGCCCGCUGCGCAAGGGCGCGACGGGCAAUGCCGGCUACGGCGCCGUGCCGGGCGACGAUGCGGCCGACGACGAGGAGGAGAGCUCGGCGACGGCCGCCCUCUUGGAUCCGGCACGGGCGCGGGCGGCGGCCGACGGGGCGUCGGAGCUGUCUGCCCUGAAAGCCAACUUGAGACGGGCAAAAUCACUGGUGGUGCCGUACAUGCUCCCGCUUCUUCUCGUCUAUGUGGCCGAAUACACGAUCAACCAAGGCGUUGCACCCACGCUCCUCUUUCCCCUCGCCGAGUCGCCAUUUGACGAAUUUCGCGGGUUCUACCCAUUCUACGGUUUUCUGUAUCAACUUGGUGUCUUUAUUUCGCGGUCUUCAAUACCCUUUGUCCGUAUUCGCCAUUUAUACCUCCCCUCCGCUCUACAAGUCGGAAACCUUGUUCUGCUGACGCUGCAUGCCAUGGUGUUCUUUAUCCCCUCCGUGUACAUCAUCUUUGUCAUCAUUUUUUGGGAGGGAUUGUUGGGCGGCGCUGUCUACGUCAACUGCUUUGCUGAGAUUAUGGAGAAUGUGCCCGAGGAAGAGCGUCUCGUAGGAAUCUUCUUGGAAAUCGGGCUUUGCAACUACCAAGUAGCGCACGGCCGGGAUUGGUGUAAGCAGAUCAAGGUGCAGCUGGAGGGUGUCCUCGGGACAGGCUACAAAUAUGGUUAUCACUGUGCUUCGGCUGUGGUGGUGGAGGCAUUGUCGAUAUUGUACCGAGACCUUUGGAGAGAACAUCAGUUGACGUGUGGAAGUCCCCAGACUACUCCGUACCAUGCUACCAAAUGCCGUACCGCCCUCGGCCCAGUCAGUGCCCCCCCAGACCUCCAGGUUCGGGAGGUUCGGGGCCCAAGAGUGGAUCCCGGCUAUGAGCGUUCCAGCGUCCGCAAAGCCCUGCCCCAAAGGCCCCCCCCGGCCCUCGCCAUUUUGGAGUCCAGGCACCACCUCCCGCCUAGAGCAGCCUCCAACCAGCCCACCGUCACCCGUCACCGCAACUGCUGCAUCUACAACACCAACGGCGCAUCAUCAUCACACAAGCCCGCUCCCGUCAGCGGCAUCAACUCUUGUGCAUCUGCGAGCGCCGCCGUCACUGUCGCCGCCCACCACAGUCCGUCGCCGCCGCCUCAUUUCCCCAUCGCCGUCCCGACACUGCGCUGCGCUGCCGCCACGCGCCCCCAGCUCGCGACGCCAGCUUUCCCGAUCCAGCCAGCCAGCCUUCUCCCAUCACCCUCGGAGCCAACCCGCCUCUCCAUCUCAGUGCUGGCCGUGCCCAUGCCGCCUCCCACCCGGACGCCGCCGCCGCAUCUGGGCCAGCAACAUCAACCGCCGCAUCACCAGCACAGUCACAGCUCCGGCAGCUACCAUGGUCCGCCGCCGCCCCGGCCGCCUGUCGGUGUAGCGCCGUCGCCGCACCCGCACCCGUCCGCCUCCUUUACCUCGGGCAGGGGAUUACCUGCGCUGGAAUCACUCACGCGAUCCUCGCCAGGGGCCGGCAGCUCCAUGUCGAUAUCGUCGAUGCUGGGCGGACCGCCUCCUGCCUCACGCGAGUCGCAGCCUCCCCCGUCGCACUACUCACCGCACUCUGCGCCCCCGACCACCUCCGCGGCUCAGUACGGCCCAUCCGUACAUGCGUCGCCCCGAAUGCACUCGGCCUCUUCCGACUUCAACCCAUUUCGACGCCCCCAGACGCCCGACCACCAGCGAAACUACGAUCCGCGCGGGAGCGCCGCCCAGUCCCCCCGAGGCCACUACGCCACCACACCCGAUGUUCAACGAUACGGCACACCGCAGUCAUAUCAUGUGAGGCACCCGUCCGCGCCCGCCGACACUGGCCGCGAGCCAGGUAGGAUGUCGACAGGUCCGCCAAACACGCCAGGCAAUCAGCCAAAGCCCUUUAGCAGCCUUCCGAGGCCGAUAGAUUUGGCGCGCGGUCCGCAAGAAGAACAAUAUGCGCGUCGCGAGGACCCUCGUCACGGUGCAGACUACCUAGACCGUACUACACAUCGACAUUAUCCAUUUGAUGACCGGUACCGGUUGGAGCGCGAUAGGCAGCCUGGGCCCGACCAACGAGAACGGGACGCGCGAGAGCACGCAUACGCUGGUGGAGAACCGCGCCACGGCCCGCCAGAGCUCAACCCCCGAAACCAGCCAUCCUAUCCAAGGCAACCAGAGCCAGUCGACCGACGCGAACCGCCUCGAGACCAACACUGGGGUCGGCAGCCACCCGAUCACAAUUAUCGCGCUCCCAUGGAGCAUCAACGUGGUCAUCCUGAAUAUCCGCCCGCGUCCGGCCCCUACCCGCCCCAUGGCCCUGCAUACCAAACAGCGCCGCCGCCGCCGCCGCCAACGCAGCAGCAGCAGCAGCAGCAGCAGCAGCAGCAACAACAACAACAGCAGCAGCAACAGCAACAGCAACAGCAACAGCAUCAAGACCGCUACGCACCCACAUCGCACCCGCAUCCUCAGACCUCUGGUAGCGGUCCUCCCCAGCCCUAUGAUUCCCCCGACCGAGCCCCUCUAGACCGACUGCAUCCUGGGCCCCGCCCUCGCGAAGACCAGAACCAGCACCCUCCUGCUGGGUACCACAACCCAGCGCAUGGUCCUGGGUCGUACGACCUUGCCCGACAGAGAAACGGAGAUGACCAAACCGGUCAAAUCCAUCAGCGCAAUCUUUUGGGCGUACAAGAGAUGAAUCGCAAGGGGCGUUUGUCGCCCCUCCCCCAAGCAGUGCAGGGCGCCCAACCACAACAACCAGGCCCCGCCGGCGAGCCAGGUAUCAAGAGUGAAUUUGGACGCAUGUUUGGUGGUAUUGGUAGCGGAGUUGGCAACAUGGGCGCUUCUAGUCCGAUGACGUCCGCGCCUGGCGGACAAACAGGCGGCAGCGCCUUGUCCAGGGACGAGGACCCUGCUGCCGAUGGUGCAAAGAAGCCGCGGAGAAGAAAGCUCAAGGAUGACAUUGACAAACCUGAUGAUGAGAGUACUGGAAGACGGACACCGGUUGGACGUGGCGCUAAGCGCGUCAAAGGACAUCACCACCAUCACCAUCACCACCAUCAUCAUCAUGCCCCCGAUUCAGUCUCUUCCCCGCUGGUUGGGAUAACGCCACUUAAGGGGGGUAAAUCGAGCGUACCGACCGACAUUGCCAGUGACAAAACCGCUACCGGAGCGCACCUUCACGCCGGGCGACCAGCACCGAGUUCCACACCCAAACCCGUCGAGAUUCAAGCGCCUGUCAUUCCGCCCAAGACAAAGACCAUCGUAUCAUCCAAAGCCGUGUUGGAGUCGAUAUCAAACAAACCUCGUCAUCACCUAGGGGACUUUGUCUACGAGACGGAAAUCAAACCCGGCAGACUUAUACCCAGAGCAUCGACUAAUCGCGGCUUUUCCUCAACACCCAAACCCCUGCCUCUGGACCGCCUCAAGGGCAAAGAGAACAGCAUAUUGACCAUCAAGGUUCCUCGCGUGCACCUCAUGCCCGUCGCGCGAGAAGAGAUAACUGCUCGAUCGUUCUUGUGGGGGACAGACGUCUACACGGAUGACUCUGACGUCGUUGCGGCUUGUAUCCAUGCUGGGUGGAUUAUGGGCGAAUGGGCCGAAGACAUUGAUACCGCCAUGCUGAGUCUAAACAAGGCUGACAGCGCCAAGGAGUCUAAAAAGUCCAAAGCGCCUGUCGAGUUUGCCUCUGAAGGUGUCAUAUCGUCCGUCCCCAAAUCCGGCCCGAUGCCGGUCCCAGCCAACCGUGACCUCCACAUCAACGUGGUCAUCGCACCGCGUCUCCUCAAGUAUGCCGGCUGCACGCGGUACGGCCUCACCAGCCGCGAAUUCGGUGGCGAGUUUGGUAGUCGUCACGCCGUCCAUGAUGGUGUCAGCUACAUGAUUGAGAGCAUCCGCUGGGUCGCCAACGGCGGGCAGUCGCAGGCGCGCCUGCGCGGACAGGCUCGUCGGGACCGCAUGCGCAAGGCCAUGGUGGAGGUCCACGCCAGCCUCGGCAACAUAAGCGGCCAGGAACGAACGCUGGAGCAGCAGCGCAUCAGUAAGCUGCGCGGCGAGAUACCGGGCACCUGGUGGAAGCCCUCUGAGAACGGCGGUGGCGGUGGUGACCAGACGGGUGGCCCGGACCAGGAUGUGCCCUCGGGUGACAAGGAGAACCUGACGGCCGGUACCGGUGAUGCGGCGGCGGCUGAGGGUGUUCCAGCUGAGGCCAAGGGCCGGCCUGCCGAUCAGGACGUGGACAUGGUCGAGGGCGUGGACGGCAAGCCCGCAGAUGUGAAUGGCGCGUAG